AAACUAUCCCACGAAUAUUCAUUCUUCUAGGAAUUGCAGAACCUUUUUUAUGCUCCAACUUUUGAUGAUGCUAGAUUAGCAUCUCCGCUGACCUAAUUUGAAAUUGGAGGCUGCGAAUGAACAUUUAAUCGAAACAAGAAUUGUUGUUGGAGUGCAUGCACCGACAAAAUUGAUGGGUACAGACGCCAUUGUUAAGCAAAAGGUAAAGCAUCCGCAUUUUUAUUCCAAUUGACCCAACACCUUCUUCUCCCUUCUUUGCACGCCUUAUUAGACUUUUCUUUCUCUUUUUACUUCCCAACCCUAUUUUCUUUCUGUAACUAAAAUCUGACCCUUCUUCAAAACAAACAAAUUAGACUUUUCUUUUCUUCUUAAACAAACACGUUAUCUACAAAUUGUAUUUCUCAAGAACAUUAUUAACAAAGAAACCAAAACCACUCCUUCCCAUUUGUUUCCAGAUGCCCUCUUUAAGAUCUCAUCUUUGAUAACAUUGAAGCUAAAAUUUACAAAGGCAAUUCCAUCAGAGAAGCAAUUUUAUUUUAGUUUCCAUUGGGGUAUAUCCUUUUCGCGCCAGCUGGUGGUAUCUGCAUCAUCUGUGUAGAUUGUGAGAAUUAUUGAUCAUUAAAGCUCGUAUAUUUAAUAUAGCAUUUGGAUUUUGAAGUGCUGAAUGUAAGCUUGGAGCUUCACAAGCUGUAAUCUAUGGGGGAGUGGGUUAUUGGAGCUUUUAUCAAUCUUUUUGGCAGCAUUGCCAUCAAUUUUGGGACUAAUCUUCUUAAAUUGGGUCAUACUGAGAGAGAAAGAUACUCUAUUCUAGAAAAUAAUGGAGGAAAUGCAAAGAGUCAUUUGAAGCCUAUCAUACACUUCCAGACUUGGAGAGUUGGUAUUCUAUUUUUCCUACUUGGAAAUUCUCUUAAUUUCAUUUCCUUUGGAUAUGCUGCUCAGUCACUUCUUGCAGCCCUGGGGUCGGUUCAGUUUGUAUCCAACAUCGCAUUUGCUUACUUUGUGCUGAACAAAAUGGUGACUGUAAAAGUGCUUGUUGCUACAGCCUUUAUUGUGCUGGGAAAUGUUUUUCUUGUUGCAUUUGGCAACCACCAGUCUCCAGUGUACACGCCGGAGCAAUUGGCAGAGAAAUACAGUAACAUGACAUUCCUUAUGUACUGUAUAAUUUUGGUUUUACUUGUUGCCGUGCAUCAUUACAUGUACAGGAGAGGGGAAAUUUUGAUUGCUGUUUCUGGUCAAGACCUUAAACCUUAUUGGCAGAUGCUACUUCCUUUUUCGUAUGCUGUAGUUUCUGGUGCAGUAGGAUCAUGUUCAGUACUGUUUGCAAAAUCUCUAUCUAAUCUCCUAAGGUUGGCCAUGUCUGAUGGUUAUCAGUUGCACGGCUGGUUUACAUACUCCAUGCUGCUUUUAUUUCUUAGUACAGCUGGAUUUUGGAUGACGAGGUUGAAUGAAGGAUUGGCAUUGUUUGAUGCAAUUGUUAUUGUUCCGAUGUUUCAAAUUGUUUGGACUUUCUUUUCCAUUUGUACAGGAUUUGUAUACUUUCAGGAAUAUCAGGUUUUUGAUGUACUUAGGACUACAAUGUUCAUACUAGGAAUGACAUGUGUUUUCAUUGGCAUUUCUUUGCUUGCACCUGAUGAGCCAAGAGGUGGUGACGGAAAAGAUAAUGCAUCUUUAGUCUCAGUUGUGUCUUCAAGUGUUUCAAGUGAAUCAGACAGGCUGAUCAAUCCAUCUGGAGACGCUCAAAGUAAAGACCCAAGAACACUUGUGCAAGGAACAAUCGCGAAGGUCAUGGAGAUAUUAACCAAGGCAAAGGCGGCUUGGUCAUUUUCACUGGGUUUCGGAGAGGACUCAAUAAAUGCAUCUGCAGUUCUCGUAAUGCCAAUGGUUUCAUCAAAGAUGACAGGAUUUAGAGGAAAUAUAUUUGAUCGGCCUAAGAUUUUCUCCCUUAGAAAUUCUGGUUGGAGUAAAAUCUCAAUGGAUGAAGAUGGUGUAAAAGUGUUAGAUUCUAAUCCAGUGCUUCCCCAAAGCCUUUGAUAGAAAUAGUAGCUAGCAGUGAUUUUUUCUUCUUCCAUUCUUUAUCCUUUUCUUUAUCCACCCGUUGUUUAUAGCAUUGAAAUUGAUCAGGAAUUACUGAUUUGUGCUACGCUUCAGCAUUCUUAUAGUUUUCGAAACACUACCAUAUUGUAUAUACGUUGCUCACUUGCUGGAUUCAGAAUAAUGCAGAUAUUUGUAUAGUUUUUUUUU